AUGUAGGCUAAGUCACAUAGCCUGUCCUGCGUACUCGCUUUUCCCAACCUCUCUCAGUUUCUCCCUACUCACAUCUUCAUCUUUCUGUCUUUUUUCGUCUGUGGCGAAGACGAUACUGGUGGACUCACUGACCUGUGGCACAAAUUACGCCACGCAACAUACAAUCCAAAACAUCUACAAAUCUUGCCACAUCAUAGUCUGACGGUCCGGGCUUCGCGGAAAGGAACGUCCCGACGAAUGUACCGUUAUGGAGGGAUCUAGGUCCGCAUACACUUACUCACUGUGUCCUUUGCCAGACCGUUUGAACUUUUCGCGCAUCCUGAAGAUCCAGCCUUCUCAUGGACAUGAUGACGCGCCAUUGGUGUGCGAGCUUUCAGUAAUGCCAAACGAUAGUAGCACAUCUGUCAGAUUCGAGGCGCUCAGUUGGACCUGGGGGCAGACCGGUGACCGUACUAAUAUUAUAAUCAAGCACGGCGCUGACUCCUAUGCUAAAGAAGUUUCCACGAACCUUGCGUCUGGUCUAAAGAGACUUCGAGACGAUACUAGGCCACGGAACCUGUGGUGCGAUCAGAUAUGCAUAGACCAGGAGAACACAGAAGAGCGCAAUGCGCAGGUCGCCUCGAUGACGAAUAUCUAUGGGAAAGCUGACAAUGUUUGUAUUUGGCUGGGCGAAGGUGAUGCAGAGACUGAUCGAGCCAUCGAGUUCAUUGAGAAAGAAGUCAUGAAACUAGGGGACUUUGGUGCUGUAAUGCAGCAGACAACAGCCGCAGAUAACCUGGUUGCAUUACAGACUUUGAUGAAUUUGCCGUGGUUCUCACGAAGAUGGGUGGUUCAGGAGAUCACACUGGCAAAAAGGGCGACUCUAUAUUGCGGCACAAAGCUCAUCCCUUGGAAUGAUUUUGCCGAUGCAGUCACGCUUUGUGCAGAUAUCGAAGCCGUAAGUGGUGAACUCUCCGUCAUUAUUCGGAAAGAUGCGACCUUUGGCAACGUCCCGCGCUUCUACGAGAACGUGCACGAGCUGAGUGCGUAUCGAUUAGUCGAAGCUGCGAAUUCGAUCGUGCGCAGAAGCUCCAACAGCUUUUCCGGGCCUCCAGCAGAGAUCGACUCGGAGAUUGAACGAUUCUUUUCUCUCGAAUACCUUGUAUCCACGCUUUCGAGUUUCGAGUCGAGCAAUCCGCGCGAUACAAUAUAUGCCUUACUGUCGAUUGCUAAGGACUCAAUACCGGAAACAAAGGCCCAGGUAGGCGCAGACGACAUGAAAGUAAUGUCGUCCAAGCAGCAAGGAGUCUUUGAGAAAUGGAGCAAGGCUUUCCGAAAAUGGGGCAGCGAGAAGAUCCAGCAAAGCGCAUAUGUCGUUAGCUACGGACAAGGUGAGAUCGAAGUCUGGAAGGAAUUCAUCCAAUUUGUAGUCAGGAACGCGGAGCCAUCUAGGUGUCUUGACAUUCUAUGUAGAAGCUGGGCCCCUGAAUCCAAGCCGGAAAGUCAACAAAAGACGAGUACCCCUGUAUCCAAUCCGGAAAGCCAACAAAAGACGAGUACGCCUGUUGUUCUGCCGUCGUGGAUAUGUACUGUUGCGAAUAGAACAUUCGCGGUAAGUGGUGCCAAUCCAAAGCUGGGUCAGCGAGUGGAGCGGAGAAACGCGAAUGCCUUAGUUGGCCUGCCAGAAUUCGAUCAAGGAAACUACAAGGCUUCGGGUCUACGCACUAUCAGGCCCCUGCUGAAGUUCGAAAACUGCGAGGCACAGAAGAAUGGCCCUGAAAUUCUACGGACAUAUUACGACCGCACAAAGUCAACCAAGGUCACCCCCGAAAAUGAGUUCGAAAGCCUACAUUUGAGUGGCUUCAAGCUUGACACGAUCGAGAAACUUGGUGAGAGGUCACAAUCGGGUAACAUUCCUGGCGAAUGGUUCGAGAUUGGAGGAUGGUUCAAGGGCGCGGAAGUGCCUGACGAAUUUUGGCGAACUAUCGUGGCAAAUAGGCGAGCGGACGGUCGACCUGCGUCACGAAUAUACCCUCGCCUGUGCGGUUUCUCGUUGAUGACUGGUCCAGGUGGCAAUGAUGUGAACAUAUCCGAGCUUAUGACAAACAACACGUUCACCAGCGCUCACUUCAAUGGCUUCCUUAAGAGAGUACAAUCAGUAAUCUGGAACAGAAGAAUGGUGAGGUCAACUAAUGGCUACCUCGGACUACUUCCACGAAACACAAAAGAGGAUGAUAUCAUCUGCAUCCUUGGAGGCUGUAGCGUCCCGGUAGUACUACGGCGUCACACAAAGACUAAGGAACAAGGAGCUUUUCAAACCGAAUGUAGGAGGACAGAAAACAUCACGCGGGCAUCAAUCUUGAUAGCGGAUGCGUGGCGACGGAAGGCUUAUGGAUCAGACAUGCUCAAGGUCGCAGAAACGAUCAAAUGGCCUUCCACACGGCUAGACACCAAAGCAGCCUCCGCUUCUAUCACGUCUAGCGCCAGUCUGCCCUCAACGCCAACCAGGGUGAGACCCGUGGAUACACAAGAGUCCGGCGGAAAGCGCAAGCGUGAGAGGACUCCAGGUUCUACGAAUGGCAAGCUACUUAGAUCAAAGAAGAAACAGAAAACGGGCCCGGGGCUUGAAAAAUCUCCUUUAUUGGAACAUAAGCAGUCUACAAAAACCGCCUCUUCUCCUACGUCUCCAUCGAAACAAGUGCCAAAAAAGUCGAGCAUAUUCUGGAAUCCGGAAGCGGACGAGGAGUACUAUGAGUUCAUUGGAGAGUGCUACAUUCAUGGCAUGAUGAAUGGGGAAGCGCUCAAACUCCAAAGUAAACGGUUUGAGGCAGGUGACACGUCGAUGGAGAAUGUUACGUUCGAGCUGCGAUGAAAUUUAUCUGCGCAAUUCAUGCGGGAGAACAGAUAUCGUAGCUGUGCGUGCGAUAUGACAUGAGCUAGUAAGCUUGCAAUGUGGGAGACAGACAGACGAGUACAAGGUAAACAUACUCGUGGGUUUGGUCUGCCUGUGUUGGAGCCCAGUCUCUAAUCCCGCCUUCAAUAACGUUGAAGGCUGCGAGAUAUGGAGAACCAGCACAUGAGGAGUAAGCCAACCAAUGAUUACCCUCGUGAUACUCAACUACAGCGGUGGAAGGACUCGAGCUCUAGACCAAGCCAGGCAAUGUUCAUCAACAUCAAGAACGCACGUUUGAUCACUUCGAACAAGGACAGCUGCACUCUCGUUUAUUCCGAGUAGAGAACUCCUUUCAGGAUUAGGGGGAUAUUGUCAGAAUCUAAGAUAUCUAAUGGGAAGAAAGGCUAUUACUUAGUAAGUGUAAUAUAGUUGAUACGAGAGAUAGUUCAAAGUUAUUAGAUUAUAC